GCACCGGGCGCGGAGCUCCGGGAGCUGGGUGGUGGUCCCCCCCACUCUGAAAAAGCGUGAUGGAGAACCCAGUGACAGAAACUGGAUCACUUUUUACCUCAGGAAUUAAGAAACAUGUGAAAGACAAAAGAAUGUCAAAGACUGCUAAGUUGAAUGUUUCUCUUGCCUCCAAAAUCAAAACAAAAAUAAUAAACAAUUCUUCUAUUUUCAAAAUAUCUUUAAAGCACAACAACAGGGCAUUAGCUCAGGCUCUUAGUAGAGAGAAAGAGAAUUCUCGAAGAAUUGCAACUGAAAAGAUGUUAUUGCAAAAAGAAGUGGAAAAACUGAAUUUUGAGAACACAUUUCUUCGCCUAAAGCUAAAUAAUUUGAAUAAGAAGCUUAUAGAAAUAGAAGCACACAUGAACAAUAACUUGAUAACUGCAAUUGAAAUGAGCACUCUUUCUGAGUUCCAUCAGAGUCCCUUUCUACUGCCACCCAGCAAGAAUAAACGGGUUAGUAAACAGAGCAAGUCAAUGCAUCUUCCAUUUGCAAGGGUUCCGUUACCUUCAAAUGGUGAUGAUGAUGAUGAUGAUGAUGAUGGAGGUAAAGAGAAAAUGCAAUGUGACAACAAUAUUAUAUCAAUGAUAUCACCUGAUGUUCCUUCUUCAGUAUCAACAAGGCAAUCUUUAUCAGCUCGGUGUAAUUUGGAAUUGUUAUGUCCUACAGAAAAUAAUCGAAAUGUCUGUGGUUUAGAUGAUUCAGAAUGUACUUCUUCUAUUGUUGAUAUACUUCCCAAAGAAAGCUGUUCUUACUCAGACCAGAAUUCCAAGAGUCCUCUAACAAGUGAGACGAAAAGUUCCCAGUCUGUCAGCCACAGAAAGGAGAAACGAUCUCUUAGUAAUGUAACUAAAAGGAAAAGGCAUGCAUCAUUUCUGGAAUCAAAUAAUCCUUCUUCAGACAGUCCUUGUAUGACAGAUUUAGAUCAACAAGGGAUUUCAAGUCCGGAAUUCAAUUGGAAUAAUGAGCUAAAUGAUCAUACUAAUGAGACAAAUAUUAAAAUGCAGGGAAACGUGCAGUACCCUCCGGACUCUUCUGAGUCUGCAAGUGAGCCUGCUGCAGAGUGCAUGAGCCAAGUUCAGGGUAAUGAUGACUUUCAGUGGCAGAAAACUGUGUAUGAUGCUGACAUGGAUUUAACUGCUAGUGAAGUAAGCCAAAUAGUUACAGUUUCAACAGGCGCUAAAAAUAAAAGUAAUAAAAAAUCAAAUCACUGUGGAAUCAAAACUUUCAGAAAAGUGAAAGAUUCAAGCUCUGACAAAAAGAGAGAAAUAGCAAAGAGACACAUUAAAAAUAGUUCAGAAAUUAACGUAGAGGAAAAGAUUGAAAAUAAACCAGAUAAAAGAUCUGUUGGCCUAAAUGGUGACAGGGAUUCAGAAGAUCCAAAUUCUAUCUUCAAAACUGAACAGCUGACUCAACUGAAUAUACUGAAGACAAUCACCCUUCAUAAUGACUUUGAUCAGAGUGACAGACAAAGUGCAGAGGAUAGUAGGAAGAAGAAAAGAAUACAGGUAACAAGUGAGCAAGAGGAAACAUACUCUUUAUCCCAAAGUUCAGAGGAAUUCCCGCAGGAAAAUAAAUUUAGUAUGGGUCAAAGUUCUCUAGCUUAUAAUAAAAACAAAGCUUCUAGACAGACAUUUGUGAUUCAUAAGUUGGAAAAAGGUCACUUACUCCUAAAUCAAAAGGAUAAGGAAACCAUUUCUGAAAACCUAGAAGCCACAAAUAUAUUUCAAUCAGCUUAUCUUGCCACCAAACAUAAUGGAAAUUUAUGUGAUUUUGAGGCACAAAAUAUGUUGGAUUUGAAAAAGGAUGUCACUGAUACACAACCUGCUCAGCAAAAUGAAUCAAAAAUAAAUAAGAAGCUUAGGCAGAAAAUAAAUCGGAAGACAGAAAUAAUUUCUGAAAUGGACCAAAUAUAUGGAGGUAAUGAUAAAGAUGAGCAUAGCCCAGGAAAAUGUAACUUUUCCAUCCAAAGCCAAAAGGAUAAAGAAAUCACCUCUGCAAACCUAGAAGACCCAAGUGAAUUUCAAACACCUGCCCUUUCUACCAAAAAUAAUGGAAACCUAUAUGAUUAUGAGACUCAAAAUAUUUUGGGGGUGAGAAAGCAUGUUCAGAAUAUGCAAACUGCUUGUCAAAAUGAAACAAAAACAGAUAAGAAGCGUAGGCAAAAGGUAUGUCGGAGGACAGAAAUUAUUUCAGAAAUCAACCAAAUACAUGCGAAUGAUGACAAAGAUAGGCAUGACCCAGAAAGAGGUAACUUAUUUUCUCUAACCCAAAAAGAUAAAGAAAUCAUUCCUGAAAACCUAGAGGACUCAAAUGAGUUUCGAGUAGCUGACUCUUCCACCAGAGGUCUUUGGAAUAUCUGUGGUUAUGAGACUGAAAACAUUCUGGGGGAGAAGAAGAGUGUUACUAAUAUGCCACCUGCAAAGCAAAAUGAAUCAAAAAUAAGUAAGAGGUUCAGGAAUAAAGGAAGUCGGAAAACAGAAAUAAUUUUAGAAAUGAACCAAAUAAAUGAGUUUAAUAACAAAGAUGUGCAUGACUUAGAAAAAGAUAACUUCUUUUCCCUAACCCCAAAGGAUAAAGAAAGUAUUUCUGAAAACUCGGAAGUCACAAAUGAAUUUCAAACAGCUUGUCCUUCUACCAAAGAUAGUGGAAAUUUAUAUGAUUAUGAGACCCUGAAUAACAUGUUGAAUUUGAAAAAGCAUGUAACUGAUAUGCAGCCUGCACAGCAAAAUGAUUCAAAAACAAAUAAGCUGAGGCAGAAAGUGAAUCGGAAGACAGAAAUAAUUUCAGAAAUGAACCAAAUAUAUUGGGAUAAUGAUAAAGACAUGCAUGACCAAGAAAGCUACACAAGAGACCUCAAUUUUAAAAUAAGUGAAUCUGAACAGAGGCUUGAAAGCCAAGGUAUCAGCGGAUACUGUAUGGAAAUCAAUAGUAAUGAAAAGGAAACUUGUGCACAAAUUUCAAAUCCUUAUAAACAAGUUAAAAAACAUGGGAAAGAAUCAUCAGGUAAGACAAAGGACAUUUUGGCACAAGGUAAAAACAAAUCUGUUUUUCAGUUAACAGAUUCUUUACAGACAACUCUCUCCUUGGAAUCAGGUUUAAAAUACAUUACUAAUGAAACAGAUUAUGAUUCUGGUAACCAAAUGGAACCACAUAAGAAUGCAACUCUGAGUAAAAAAAGAGAUAACCCCUUUGCAGAAGUGAUAAAAAGAGAGUGCGAAGUCAAAAGAAUAAAUAAAAAGACAUCCCAAUCAAAGAAGAGGAAGACAUUCCUAAAUCCUUCUCCAGAUAGCCAUGAAGUAAUGCAGGUAAUAUCUGACCUCAGUCAGAGAAUAUCAGUUGGAUCUGAACAAGCUGAUGAGGGUAAAAAAUUGGAAGAUGAGAAAAUUAAGCUAGACUUUUAUCCAAAGGCAUUUAAUUCUUUAUCUCAGAUAUAUUCACCUAACAUACAAGAUUCUUCCCUUAACAAUAUUCAUGAGGGUUCAAGACCUUUGCAUAUUUCUUCUAGUAAAAAUCUGAUAAUGAAUGAAAAUUUUGCCCUGGAGAGCUCACCAGCCUUUCAAGUAAGGGAUGAUAUGCAGAAGAUGACAGGGAUGAAAUUUAAAGUCACCCAGAGAACACAAAAAUCAGGUGGUAGAACACUACAGGACUUGACAAAUACCACUUUUGUUUCAAAUAACGCUGCUAAAUCUGAAAAUAAGUCAGAAGAUCUGUCUUUAGAGCUGCCAAGCCGAAGAAGAAAGUGCACUCCCCUCCAUUUCAAAGAGCCAAGUCUCAGGGAGUAA